CGCGACGGUCAGAGCAGCAGCCCGGUCCAUCGCGUGCAGAGAAGAAAUCACGAUGAGGCGAGCGCUUCUCGUGCUCCUCAGCCUCGCGCUUUGCGCCGCACAAACGUCUCAGAGCGACGUUUUCAUUCCAGCUCCGAAUUUUGACGAAGGAGAAAACUUGAGUAGCGAGAAUUGUGGAAGCGAAACAACUCUGAACCAAUCGGCCGUUUUUGUUACAAACAUACGUACUAACUUUAGUUGCCAUGCAUAUAUAGUUAUUUCCCAAAGGACUUUUCUUGGACAAGGUUAUUGCCCCCUUGUGGAUACUAGUGAUACAACUGAUCUACGGGUGUUUCCGAAUAACUGUAGAGGCCGCACAACAGAAGAGGAAUGCGUCAGAAAUUCCGUCAAAGUGCUGGAUAUAAUCGAUAUUGCCAUAAGUCCGACAGCAACUAGAAAAGUCAUCACGAUUUUGAUAACUGAGAAAAUGCUGAGUGUGAUAUUUCCCAUUUGCUUGUUUAACCGUGACAACAUAAUGGACUUGCAACUUCAAAGAGAAUCGCCUUACUUUGAAUGGAAUUCAUAUAACAAUGCUCAAUCUGGCAAAACAAUAAAUGUGACGGGCCAAAGCAACUGCAGCAGGAUUCUAAACAGUACUGAAUUGGCAAUUUUGAAAUCAAUUAAUAUUCCCAUCCAGAAUAUCCUGUGUGUAGAGAAAACUGAUGUUUAUUAUGAUUAUCUGAUCAAUUUCUACAGAGGACGCUAUUUCUUGAGAGGUUUCAAAUUUGUUUGGAACUCUUACAAUGAUAUAUUGCCAUACAUUGACGAGAUCGCAAGGAAAACAAAAGACAUUUUAGCUCUACGCCCGAUCCCACCAACAAAACAAUUGAGAGGAUUCAAUGAACGAGACAACCUGAGUUUCCCAAACUGUGGAAGAAAGCCGACGUCAACAAGAAGGAAACGCGGAAAUGACGAUUUUUUCGAAGAUAUCCAACUGGCAAGUUUUAUUAUCGGCGGAAACAUAGCUCAGACACGGGAGCAUUCGUGGCAUGCUUAUAUUGAGAAUUAUGUGACUGGAGACACGUGUGGCGGAACACUGAUUUCACCGACAGCAGUUUUGACCGCUGCACAUUGCCUUUAUGGAUCUCAGGCAGAAAACUUCGUAGUUUAUCUUGGGAUGGAAGAUAAAAGAAAAAGGACAGCUCCUGGUGUUCAGAGAAGAAAGGUUUCACCUUCCACGCCAGUUACUCUCAUCCAUAAUAAUUUUGAAAAAAUUUAGGUUAGCAGUCUGAUCACGCACCCAAAAUAUGACCCUGCGGAACUCAACAGUGACGUCGGACUCGUGAUUUUGAGUGAAAAGAUUGAAAUAACCGACCAAGUCCGACCAAUUUGCUUGUGGAACGACAACUCUAACUUGGCUCGCCUGGCUGAAACUAAAGCUAUGGCGGUUGGGUUUGGGCUUGUCGACAACCACACGCGCACAAAUGAACUGCAAGAGGCUCGACUGCCGAUUAGAGAUCAUAGAAAGUGCUACUUGUCGAAAAGGAGGUUUUUUGCGAAAUAUUUGCGGCCAGGAGACAAUUUUUGCGCCGGUUACACGAACGGAACAACCGUAUGCAACGGGGACAGCGGAGGCAGCCUUUCCGUGGAAAAAAACGGCCGUUGGUUCAUCAGGGGAAUUGUCAGCUUUGGAAAAUCGAAAAAAGUGAUUUUUGAGGGCGAAGAAAGAUCAUUGUGUGACCCAAAUGAAUAUAAAUUGUUCGCUGACGUCGCAAGUUACAUGGACUGGAUCGUGGAAAACACGCCGGAAAUUUCAUUCCGAGAAUAAAGGUGGGGCUUGGAGAAAAAGUUUUCAACAGAAAAAUGUAGUUAAUAAAAUAUUUUUUCUAUGUUUUUUCAAAAUAAAUUAGAUUAAAAGUUUUA